AUGGGAAAUUGCUUCAACAGGUCCCCUCUAAAGGAUAAAAUGCAUAAAGAUUUUUCUACAAAUACUGCUCUUCAGCAGUCGCACUCGACUAAAUCCAGCUCUUUGCCGAAACCAAAUCAGCUUCUUGAGGACGCACGCAUUAACAAGUUGCCUAAGGAGAACUCCCGAUGUUCUUGUGAUCUAAAUUCUACUCCAUUUUCCAUCCAAGGAGUAAAGUCCAACGAACAUACGAUUUUAUCGUGCCCUCCUACUCGAAAUUCUUUAAUAUCAAAUCAAUUUCCUGUCAUGGACAGCUGGAAAGGUUCAGCUGCCGAGAUCAGCCACGGUUCGCAAAGGUCACUUGAACAUUCUCCUCGUGUGCUAAAAAACCUUUCGGAGCAGAUAGAUCAGACGACUACAGCUGGAAAUCGUGCUAUCAAUUCCUUCCCCAGGCCCAGUGCAGCAAACUUAUACGUCUCCAUAUUUGUAUAUAUAUCUAGGACGGAGGAAGAAGUAUCGAUGCAGAAAGGGGAUAUUGUCGCCAUUCUAAAUAGCAAGGUUUUCCUUUUUACCACUUGUACUGUCUGA